GGAGAGCGGCCGAGCGGAAGCGCCUUAGCGACGGCUCGGGACGCACAGACGCGGAGCCGAGCGAGGGACCAUGGCCGAGACCGACCCCAAGACGGUGCAGGACCUCACCGCCGUGGUGCAGACGCUCCUUCAGCAGAUGCAGGACAAAUUCCAGACCAUGUCCGACCAGAUCAUUGGAAGAAUUGAUGACAUGAGCUGUCGCAUUGAUGAUUUGGAAAAAAAUAUUGCCGACCUUAUGACACAAGCAGGCGUGGAAGAAUUGGAGGGUGAAAAUAAGAUGCCCGCUACACACAAGAGCUAAAGGUCACUAAAAAUUUGCAGCGAAUUCUGGAAUGUUUUUUACAAGCCAGAAGUAACAGAACAGCUCUUCGCUAUUAAUUACUGUGUGCAAGGUGUUUUUAUAUUGUUAUAGAGCUUGCAUUCCUAGCAUAUACUGUAUAGGUAAAUUUCAAACUGGUUGAUUAUUUUCCUUUCUUGUAUGUGGUAUUUUCACUUACAGUGGGCAAAAUAAGUUAGUUAUGUCAUUAAACUAACGCUAAAACUAUUAAAUUUUCGAGUGUAUUCUUUUGUGAAGCCAUUCUUUUUUUCUGUCCUCAAUCUUUUGUAAUGCUUUCAGCUUGAUAGCUAAACUUGCUGUUGGUAUUUUCCUUAGAAAUGUGUUAACUUUUCAAUGGUAGAUUUUCUUGGUGAAGUCAAACACUAAACUAAACUAGAGUUUAGAGGUCUUUUAAUUCUCCAUGUCAGAUGCUUGUGCUAUUUCAAAACAGUAUGAUUGAAAUAUUUUUAAAGCAGAUGAGAAACAGUGAAGAAUUUUUAUGACUCCUUUUUUCAAAAAUAUUCAACAUUGCUAGAUGGCCAUGAUCGAAAACUGCACGAAGAAUGUACUGCCUGGAUCUGAAAGGAUACUAAAGUUGACUGACAAAGUAACUUCUGCUAUUUUUUUGAAAGUUUGAAAAAGAAUGGUAUUGAAAAAAUUUCAGAACCUGUGUAACUCUAGAAGUGUCAGGGCCUGUUCUGCAUUCAAACAGUGACCUUGUAUAAUGGUGAAUUCACUUAUUAGAUGGGCAGUAUAAUGCUUCAAUUGGUAAGCUACAUUAUUCACCAAGAAUGCUUAGAGUAAGCUAAACCUUGUGUGGGUUUUAAACUUUACUCCCAUAUUUCUGAGAUUGACUGGGUGUAGCUGUCAGCGUAUGCAGGGGAAGAAAAAAGAAAGCUGGCAUUAUAAAAUCAUAAUUUCAUGGAUAGUAAACAAUUGGUACUUUUAUCAUACUGUCAAGUUUACAAGAAAUAUUGUUUUGUUUACCUUUUUCUUAUACCUGGGCCGAGUUAAUUACUUUUUUCUAAAAAGAAUACUGGGGGGCAAGGAAUAUUAAACAUUCUUCCACAUAGAGCACAUUUGUAGUCUUAUAAGGAGUAGGCGAGAGACUGAUUUCUUGGCCUUCUCUUGAAGGGAACCUAUAUCAUAGGUGUAGUAAUUUGAGCUUAUAUAUACAUAAGAACUUGUAAAGGCAAAAUGAUAUUGGGCAAUCCAGUGUCACCUGCCUAUGUGAAGUCAUGAUAAAUUAAGGGGACACUCUGUGAUGGUAGGAAACAUCCUGUAUCACCAGCCUUGGGUUUCUUGUACUGUUAUAAAUCUGUAAUAAAAUUCUGAAGUGGUAUCUUA